GAAAUAGGAAGCUCCCGACACAGCGACUGCUCCAGGAGCCCGGGGUCGACCGCCCCCGCGGGCAGGGUGCGCGGACUCAGCGCCGGGACCCGCAGCCGCGGGGGCGCAGAGUGGGCGGCGGGGAGAGGCGGCGACAGCGCCUGCGAGGCCGAGGAGAGGUCGCCGGCGGCGCCUCCAGCGCCCGGAGACCCGGUGCGCAGCGCAGCUCGGCCGCGGGACGCGGCGCCUGGAGCCCCGGCAGCGCCUGCCCUCCCUCCCGCGUCGCCCGCCAGCGCCCGCGCCCGCUCCGCCAGUGACUUCAGCUCAGCUCCACCCCCGCGCGGCGGCGGCUCGCUCCGUCCGGACCCGCGCUCUGCACAAGCCCAGCCCGGGCGAGCGGCCGCCACCUGCCUGGCGCCGCCUCCGCCCGCCCCCACCGCGGCCCAACUUGGAUGGAGUUGGGGUCCUGAGCGCCGGCCCCCCACAGCCGCCAGCGCAGAGCUCCGCGCCGCCACCUUCGGUUUGGGACCCCUCUCUCCGCUGCUCUUCGCUCCCGCGAUGGGAAAAGUUGGCGCCGGCGGCGGCUCUCAAGCCCGGCUGAGCGCGCUCCUCGCCGGCGCGGGGCUCUUGGUCCUCUGCGCCCCGGGCGUCUGCGGCGGCGGCUCCUGCUGCCCCCCGCCGCACCCCAGCUCGGCCCCACGCUCGGCCUCGACCCCUAGGGGCUUUUCCCACCAGGGGCGGUCAGGCAGGGCUCCUGCCACGCCCCUACCCCUCGUAGUGCGUCCCCCGUUCUCAGUGGCCCCCGGGGACCGAGCGCUGUCCCUGGAGCGGGCUCGGGGCACUGGGGCAUCCGUGGCAGUUGCUGCACGCUCCGGCCGGAGGAGACGGAGCGGAGCGGAUCAGGAGAAGGCAGAACGGGGAGAGGGCGCGAGUCGGAGCCCCCGGGGAGUGCUAAGAGAUGGAGGGCAGCAGGAGCCUGGGACUCGGGAGCGGGACCCGGACAAAGCCACCCGCUUCCGGAUGGAGGAGCUGAGACUGACCAGCACCACGUUUGCGCUGACGGGAGACUCAGCACACAACCAAGCCAUGGUCCACUGGUCUGGCCACAACAGCAGCGUGAUUCUCAUUUUGACAAAGCUCUAUGACUAUAACCUGGGGAGCAUCACGGAGAGCUCGCUUUGGAGGUCAACCGAUUAUGGAACAACCUAUGAGAAGCUGAAUGAUAAAGUUGGUUUGAAAACCAUUUUGAGCUAUCUCUAUGUGUGUCCUACCAACAAGCGUAAGAUAAUGUUACUCACAGACCCGGAGAUUGAGAGCAGCUUAUUGAUCAGCUCAGAUGAAGGGGCAACUUAUCAAAAGUACCGGCUGAACUUCUACAUUCAAAGCUUGCUUUUUCACCCCAAACAAGAAGACUGGAUUCUGGCAUACAGUCAAGACCAAAAGUUAUACAGCUCUGCUGAAUUUGGGAGAAGAUGGCAGCUUAUCCAGGAAGGGGUUGUACCCAACAGGUUCUACUGGUCUGUGAUGGGGUCAAAUAAAGAACCAGACCUUGUGCAUCUUGAGGCCAGAACUGUGGAUGGUCAUUCACAUUAUCUAACUUGCCGAAUGCAGAACUGUACAGAGGCCAACAGGAAUCAACCUUUUCCAGGCUACAUUGACCCAGACUCUUUGAUUGUUCAGGAUCAUUAUGUGUUUGUUCAGCUGACAUCGGGAGGGCGGCCACAUUACUACGUGUCCUACCGAAGGAAUGCGUUUGCCCAAAUGAAGCUUCCGAAAUAUGCUUUGCCCAAGGACAUGCAUGUUAUCAGCACUGAUGAGAAUCAGGUGUUCGCAGCGGUCCAAGAAUGGAACCAGAAUGACACGUACAACCUCUACAUCUCAGACACACGUGGUGUGUACUUCACCCUGGCCUUGGAGAAUGUCCAGAGCAGCAGAGGCCCUGAAGGCAACAUCAUGAUCGACCUCUAUGAGGUAGCAGGGAUAAAGGGAAUGUUCUUGGCUAACAAGAAGAUUGACAACCAAGUGAAGACUUUCAUCACAUAUAACAAAGGCAGAGACUGGCGUUUGCUGCAGGCGCCGGACACGGAUCUAAGGGGGGACCCCGUGCACUGCUUGCUGCCCUAUUGCUCACUACACCUUCACCUGAAGGUCUCUGAGAAUCCCUACACAUCAGGGAUCAUUGCUAGCAAAGACACAGCUCCAAGCAUCAUAGUGGCAUCAGGUAAUAUAGGUUCUGAAUUGUCAGACACUGACAUCAGCAUGUUUGUCUCUUCAGAUGCAGGGAACACCUGGAGACAGAUCUUUGAAGAAGAGCACAGUGUUUUGUACCUGGAUCAAGGUGGAGUCCUGGUUGCUAUGAAACACACGUCUCUCCCAAUUCGACAUCUUUGGUUGAGUUUUGAUGAAGGGAGAUCUUGGAGCAAAUACAGUUUCACAUCUAUUCCACUUUUUGUGGAUGGGGUUCUGGGUGAGCCUGGAGAAGAGACUCUCAUCAUGACAGUGUUUGGACACUUCAGCCACCGCUCUGAAUGGCAGCUGGUCAAAGUAGACUACAAGUCCAUUUUUGAUAGACGGUGUGCCGAAGAGGACUACAGACCCUGGCAGCUGCACAGCCAGGGGGAAGCAUGUAUCAUGGGAGCAAAAAGGAUAUAUAAGAAGCGAAAAUCAGAGCGGAAGUGUAUGCAAGGAAAAUAUGCCGGAGCUAUGGAAUCUGAACCCUGUGUCUGCACUGAGGCUGAUUUUGAUUGCGACUAUGGUUAUGAGCGACACAGCAAUGGCCAGUGCCUGCCCGCAUUUUGGUUCAAUCCAUCCUCUCUGUCAAAGGAUUGCAGCUUGGGACAGAGUUACCUCAAUAGUACCGGGUACAGGAAGGUGGUUUCCAAUAAUUGCACUGAUGGAGUAAGGGAACAGUACACAGCCAAACCGCAGAAGUGCCCAGGGAAAGCCCCACGGGGGCUGCGGAUAGUCACGGCUGAUGGAAAGCUGACAGCAGAACAAGGACACAACGUCACUCUCAUGGUGCAAUUAGAAGAGGGUGAUGUUCAGCGGACACUUAUCCAAGUGGACUUUGGCGACGGUAUCGCGGUGUCUUACGUCAAUCUCAGCUCCACGGAAGAUGGGAUCAAACACGUCUAUCAGAAUGUGGGCAUUUUCCGUGUGACCGUGCAGGUGGACAACAGUCUGGGUUCUGACAGCGCCGUCCUGUACUUACAUGUAACUUGUCCCUUGGAGCACGUGCACCUGUCUCUUCCCUUUGUCACCACAAAGAACAAAGAGGUCAAUGCGACGGCAGUGCUGUGGCCCAGCCAAGUGGGCACCCUCACUUACGUGUGGUGGUACGGAAACAACACGGAGCCUUUGAUCACCUUGGAGGGAAGCAUAUCCUUCAGAUUUACUUCGGAAGGAAUGAAUACCAUCACAGUGCAGGUCUCAGCUGGGAAUGCCAUCCUACAAGAUACAAAGACCAUCGCAGUAUAUGAGGAAUUCCGGUCUCUUCGCUUGUCCUUUUCUCCAAACCUGGAUGACUACAACCCAGACAUCCCUGAGUGGAGGAGGGACAUCGGCCGAGUCAUCAAAAAAUCCCUGGUGGAAGCCACAGGGGUUCCAGGCCAGCACAUCCUGGUGGCGGUGCUCCCCGGCUUACCCACCACUGCUGAACUCUUUGUCCUACCCUAUCAGGAUCCAGCGGGAGAAAACAAAAGGUCAACUGAUGACCUGGAGCAGAUAUCAGAAUUGCUGAUCCACAAGCUCAACCAAAACUCAGUACACUUCGAGCUGAAGCCAGGAGUCCGAGUCUUCGUCCAUGCGGCUCACUUAACAGCAGCCCCCCUGGUGGACCUCACUCCAACCCACAGUGGAUCUGCCAUGCUGAUGCUGCUCUCAGUGGUGUUUGUGGGGCUGGCAGUGUUCGUCAUCUACAAGUUUAAAAGGAAGAUCCCGGGGAUUAAUGUUUAUGCCCAGAUGCAGAAUGAGAAAGAACAAGAGAUGAUCAGUCCAGUCAGUCACUCUGAAAGCAGGCCCAAUGUCCCUCAGACUGAACUAAGGAGGCCUGGCCAGCUUAUAGAUGAGAAGGUGGAAUCCCAGCUCAUAGCAGAAAUUUUCCGGGAGGCUAGACAAACCUAUGAAGCCACUAUUGCUGAUCCAUUUCUCUGUUUGGUUCCUCCUGUCUGUUGGCGUUAGGAGUUGAAGCCUUAUAUGUUUACAUCUAGAUCCUGCAUUGCUGACAACAGUGAAUAAAUUAUUAUAUAACCAUUCAUGCUCCACGCUAAUGUGAUAAUGCCAAGCCACCUAGAAGGCCUUUACACACAAUUUUUAAUCUUACUUGGAAAACAAUGAGUAUAUAAAUGGAAACAUAACCCUUUUUAAGUGAAUAUGGGAAAGGUCUGUGGCUGUGUUAAGGGGAAAUGUAAAUGCAGUGACUGGCUCCUAUCAUAGAUAAUGAUAACAACUGCAGUCACAUCUGGUGUCCAAUUUUCACAGUGCACUUUAUUUGGAGAGGCGAAGUAAUAAAUGUGUAAUUGCUUGGGGUUAAAAAGAAAAAAAGUCUUUUCUGUCUACAAGUCCAGAGCGGCAUUCACCCUGUCUACUCAUUCCUAAAGCUUCUAAGUGCAUUUUGGGGAUCAUUUGGUUCUCAGUCGCAUUUCCGUAGGGUGUGAAGCACAGCCUCUAUUUGCUUUAUUAAAGCAGUAAUUCCUCCUUCUCCAGAAGAUACCGCAGCACGUUGCAAAGUCUCUGACACCUUUCCCUUUCCAGUGUCAUUAAAUGAGUAAGUGUUACACGUUUUCUCUUAGGAGAGUAGCUUUACCCUCCCCUCCCUCCCCUUCUGCUCAACCUGGUGACUCAUCUCUCCGAUUGCAAAGAGCAAGACACGCCACUCCGCCUUCAACGCCAAAGCGGGGAUCUGCUGGGGCACAGUAUGCAAUUUAAGGAAAACCCCCAAAGGCAACAGGCGACCUGCUGAUCAGGAAAGAAUUUCGCUCUUGUCAAGUGCAUCAUCCUUCAUGACCACUAACUUUGUGUUUUUUUUCUUUCCUUUGUUGUUCUGUUUCCUAUUUUGCCAGGAAGUAUUUCCAUAGUUGCUGAGAAUCAAAGCACAAAAGAAACCCCUACCUAUGUAAAUGUUUGAAUGGAGGACGCCAGUAAAAAACCAAACAAAAACAAAAACAAAACAUAAAAUAUAAACAAUCAAAAUCCAAACAAACAAACAAACACUCACUGCAUCGGGACUUUUUAAUUCUUCAGACACAGACAACAAGGGUUUUUAGCUUUAAGCCUGUGCAUGUGGACAAUACUCUGAGAACAUGUCUGGAGGGGCAGUGUACAGGUGCUCUAUUUUAAUGGAAAACACUCCCCUCUCCCUCUUUCUUCUUCUCUCUCUUUUUUCUGAUCGGUCGUGUUUGUAGAAAAUUCAUAACAUAUAUAGGCCAAGGAAAUCUGCAUGUAUUUUUGGAAAUAUUCUUGGCUCUAGAUUUAUCACCUAUUUUAGCAUUAAAGGCUGAUGGGUGGAUUAGCUACCCCAGCUCCUUUCAUAAGACACAAAGACAUGCACAGGAGUUUGCAAACCCUGAGCUGUUUCUCUGUUCCACUUUCCAUAUUGUCAUUUCCCUUCUAAGUUAGCUUUGGUAGCUCUGUUGGUCAGCAGUGGCCACAAGGCUGCUUUCUGCACUCUCUGUGGCCACAGGAACAAAGAUGCGAGUUGAAGAUCCCUUUGUGCCGGUAGAAUAAGGAAGGAAGGGAGGCAGGGAGGCAAAGAAUGUCAGAAACGGACCUUGGUUUCCUGUUCACCUCUUUCCACCAUGAUUGCCUCCCCUUGCAGCUUUCCCUACUCCUGCCCCAACUGCAGUAGGAAAUGGAAUCCCAUUAGUUACCCAUUGUCCUGUCUUCACAUUUGUUUGUCAUCCAUGUGUGACCAUGAUCUGUUGAUAUCUUUGAAUCUCUUCCCUCCAAACCCCAAGUAAGUUGUCCUUCAACUGUUCUCAAUUUUUCUUCCCAAACAUAUUGCUAGAUUCUGGACAUUAACCCUGACAUUUCCUAAAUACUGGCCUGGCCUGUGCCGCCCCCGCCUCCACUACUCGCAAGUUUCUGAGCCCUUUGUCAGUUUUGUACAUUCCCAAGCAUGCCAGCUUCUGUGCCCAUGGACCUUGCUGCAUCCUGCACAGCAGGGUUCAGUUUCAUGUAUCUUUGUCUUUUCCUCUAGAACCUGCCUUUUUCAAAUAUCCCUGCCUCUUCCCACCUGGAAACAUAUACUGUAUGUGAAAGAGUUGAUAUAUGCAAAGCAAUUCAAACCUGGCCAUGUACUUUGGAAAAGAAAGCACAGAGAUGAAUUGUGGUGUUCUCACACCUCAACAAAAAUCUCGUGCGAUCUGAUUCCAGAAGAAUCUUGUGAGAAAUAUUUUGAAUGUGUGACAAUUUUGCAGGGCAGUUUCCUCCUGUGAUGGUUGCUGUUACCCAGUAUUUCCACUCUCACAAUAGAAUAGAAAUGUUUGUGAAAUAAAACUGAUUUUAACUGGAAGGAGAAACAGGUUAAUGGACUUUGUGUUUAAGAGUGUCAAACAGUCUGAGAAUAAGUGGGGGUCUUGUCUUAACAUUAGGGUGAGAGUUUGAUUAUUUAGGAUGAUCCCAGUGAUUUCAUGUGUGCUCUCUGACCUCUGAGUAUCAUAGUAUCAUUAAAGGAAAGAUUUAAGUCUCUAUAAAGGAGAAAAGUUACUGACUGGCAAAAAAGAUUGGCACAAAGCAUGAAGAAACCCCGUUUUUCCCAGGGUAAUCAUGAAAGAAGGCUCAGAGAAAGAGAAAGGCAACAAAAGUCUGUUCAGCAGAGGCCCCUUUAGUAUUAUGGACUGGGCAAAGCCCACUAUAAACUAUAGGAGAAAGAAGUUCUGAUAAACCUGUUAGUAUGCUCAGCCUCCUUCUUUGCUAUGUCCCUAAGCCAACAGGGUAUAACACAGGCCCUGGUGAUAAUGAGGGUGUCCUAAAGAUCCUGAUGUCCAUGAUUUCAUGUAGUUUAGGCACAGAAAGAAUAUCAAAGCUGCUGUCAGAAGUUUAUCAGGCAGAGAUGUUUAUGGUUGAGGAUACCCCAUGUGAAUCUGGGAAAUGGGCUAGGCCUGAGGCAGUCACUUGUUUGUAGAACUCAGUUGAUCCCCAACCUGCCAGGCUUCCUAUCUCAAAGGAAACAUCCUCAUUGAUCCUCUUCAGUUGGAGCCUCCCAAAUUUAAUCUGGAAGACAAAGUGUUGGAAAAUCAAAAGAGGCUCACUCAAACCAGCACAGGGAGUCCUCAGAGUUGCAGUUCAAUUCAUUUUAAUUAGAAGAGUAUGAAAAAGGAAUAACACUCUUAUUCUAGCACAGUGCCUUGCCUAGAGUAGUAGUAUGAAAACUAUUUGUUGAAGAAAUAAAUGAAUGGGAAGACAUAGGGAAGAAUGGGCUGUAAAUCCUAAUUAAAAAUAGAGGUCGACAUGAGAUGCCUGGCAUUUUGGGAAGUGACCAAAGAUGGCCAGCUAGAGAUUCAGCAUCUCCAGGAUCCUCAUGUGCCUCUCCUCAAAGCUCCCUCCCAUCUGUAGGAGAUUAGUGAGGCAAGGUGCUGCUCAGAGAGGACCUCGUUGUUCUUAUGACCUUGGCCAGUUGUUCUCAAAAGUGUGGUACCUGGAUCAGCGGCAUCACUAUCACUUGGGCUUGUUAGAGAUCCAGAUUCUGGAUCCGUAGCCCAUACCUACUGAAUUAGAAACUCUAGGGGAUGAAUAGUGGUGUUCUCUGUUGCUAAGUGAUAGUGGGCCCAGCCAUCUAUUUUAACAAGCCCUCCCAGUGAUUGUGAUACAUACUAAAGUUUGAGAACCAUUGUACUAGGCCAUUCCAGCUGAAUCUCAAAGAGAAGGCAGUAAUGAGAGCCUACAAAUGGGAGGGACCUAAGUGCCUACCUACUCGCUAAUCGCAGGUGCAAACGCACAAGGCGUUUGGUGGGCUUAAGGUCAGAGGAGUGUGUAGGGAGGGAUGUAUGUGGAAGGUAAGAUUCAGGGCAAGCUAAAAAUCUGAUACUGCAACGUUUUCCAAAAUCCCAGAAUGCAAACUGUGCAUGUUCUACCCUGAACCACCCAAGCAACACUUUCUCCCUUGCCUUAUUUUUAAUUGGAUUCACUGUCCAAAAUGCAGAGGUUUGCUUUGCUUUUUUUUCAGAAGUUCCAAACAGCAACUUUGAGAGCAAUGGGGUGCUUGGCAGCUGUUCUGUGUUUUCCAGGAAUCCAACUGAGCAUUGAAAUCUCUCAUUUGCCGACUUAUUUUUAUAGGAAGCCAAUUUAAAAAAAAAAUGAAAGUUUUCUUAUAGUAUUGGAACUACUUCUAAUUUUAAAAUGACUUUUUUGAUGUAUUUUUUGUUAAAGACUAUGUAGUGUAAUGUAUAAUUGCUCUUGUUUAUUGCUUUUACAAUCAUAUUUAUUAAACAGAUAAUGUCUCUAAA